AUGUUAGCGAGAUAUGCACAGCAAAAUUGCUCAAAUUUCAUCGUCACUCAAGUGCGGUGGCUAAGACACUGGGCGAAGAAAAAGAACGUAAAAAGUACACAUUUUUUAAUCAACGACUGUGAUUCCUCGCUGUACAGGCCAGCAGUGCCGGGAACGAUUCUGGCGAAUCUACGAAGACUGCCGAACAGAAAGACGCGGCCCAGAGAAUACAGAGUAGCGGCCACCGCUUCGGGGAAAUUUGCAUUGGUACAGCCUUACCCACCCAAUGUUAACUGCACACUCGCUCCGUAUCCAAAAAAUGUUGCAGGAAACCAAAAUGACCCAAAUAAACUAGGAAACUACAAGUUCGUGCAAAAGUACAAAGGAAUAGAAUACGUGAGUAUAAAGAGAAUGGUACCGUACCCACGAGGCAGCAGCGCAUACACAUUCGACGUAGAUAGAAUAGUACAGUCAAAAAAGCACAAGUAA